CUUUCACUGGAGUGUAGGAGGAAAUAAAUAUAUUUCAUUUUUGUUCAGUGUGCAGUGUGCUUCCGAGUUCUGAACCAUAUGGUAGAAAUAUGUAUGCGAUCGUCGUCACGCUAUGUACGUCGAUCGCGGUGUUAUUGCUCGUGGCGGCUUCCGAAGACGACAUCAAUAAGCCAUUGGCUGGUAACAAGGUCGUAAAAAUCGUUGCAUUUUUCAACGAGAACGAUGAUUCCGUCAAUCAAUUGGCGUAUAACGUGAGCGCAAAAAUUGUUAAUAUUAUGGACACGGUGUUACCUAAAAACAGAAUCGUCCAAAGAUCUGAAUACGUCAUAAACGACAUGUAUAACGUAACACGUGUUGUAUGCGACACGUUGAAGCUUGGAAUCGCAGCAUUUAUUGAUGGAACAGAUGACGAAGAUGUUGAAAAUGUGGUUAGAUCUAUUAGCACCCAUACACAAAUACCAUUCAUUGAAACACAUUGGAAAAAAUUUCACCGGCCUCCCGAUCCUUACUCCGUCAAUAUUUAUCCUGAUCCAUCUCUUUUAGCGCAGGCUAUAAGAGAUAUAAUAUUGGAUAUGGAUUGGGAGUCUUUCACUGCUAUCUAUCAAAGUCCAGAAAGUUUGAUUAGACUCAAAGCUCUGUUAAUGCAUUUCGAUUACGGGCAAAAGGCUCCGGGAAAAUCUAUUAAAAUCAUUCAAAUUCCACCAACGGAUGAUUUUCGGCCGUUGUUCAAGGAAUUAAAGUUGUCUGGCGAAAAACACAUUAUAUUAGACUAUGAAGUCGAACACAUCAUGCGUAUACUAGGACAAGCGGAGGAAGUUCACUUUAUGGGAGAUUACCAGAGCUACGUCAUCACAAAUUUAGAUGCGCACACGUUAAGUUUCGACGUAUUCCAUAAAUCGAUGGCUAAUAUAACGUUGAUCCGAUUAAUCGAUCCAGAAAGUCAGCACGUUAGAAACGCUGUCGAAGAAAUCGUGUUCAAUGAACAAAAAAGCGGACGAAUCAGUGUUCUAUCGCCAGAUACGAUAAAAACUAAAACCGCGUUGAUGUACGACGCGGUAAACUUUUUUGCAACGUCGCUCCAUGGUUUAGUAUCCACGCAAACUAUGGGGCCAUCGAGAAUCGUUUGCAACGACAUAAAACCGUGGGUGCACGGAUACAGUCUAAUCAAUUAUAUGCGAGUGAUGGAGUUGAACGGAUUGACUGGAAAAAUGAGAUUUGACGCCGAGACAGGCUACAGAAAUUACUUCAAAAUAGAUGUGGUGCGAGUAAAAGAGAGUAAAAAGCAUCGUUUGGGAUCUUGGGACCCGGUGGAGGGGAUGACGCUAACAAGAUCGGCGUCGGAAAUGAAUUUAGAAUUCGUCCAGUCGAUUACGAAUAAAACGUUUAUUGUCGUCGGUAAAUUAGUUCAACCAUAUUUGAUGAGAUGCAAUGCCACGGAAAAAGGAAUGGACAAAGACGAAGAGUGUUUCGAAGGUUUUGCAUAUGACUUGGUCGAAGAAAUGGCCAAAUACAAUGGAUUUAAAUUCAAAUUUACCACAAACCAAGAUUACGGAACCAUGCAAAAGACCGGCAAGUGGAGUGGUAUGAUUGGAGAGUUGCAGUCCAUGCGAGCUGAUUUAGCGAUAUGUGACCUUACGAUCACUUUCGACCGGCGGAACGCAGUGGACUUUACAACACCAUUCAUGACGCUGGGCAUAAGCAUACUGUAUGCGAAACCGGAGAAGAAGAAACCUCAACUGUUCUGGUUCUUGAACCCACUGUCAUUCAGCGUUUGGAUGUACACAGCGACCGCGUACCUAGGCGUUUCCUUGUUCUUGUUUAUGUUGGCCAGAAUGACACCGUUCGAAUGGGAACUCCCGCACCCGGUCAAGCCCGGAGACAACACGAUGGAAAAUUCAAUGACGUUGCUCAACUGCCUAUGGUUUUCGAUCGGUUCCGUACUAUGUGCCGGAUGCGAAGUCCUACCCAAAAUCACACCCAACGAAUGGCACGACCCACAGCCGUGGAAAGACGGUAACAACGAGCUUGAGACUAGGCUUAAUGUGGCUAAUUUGAUAUGGUUCAGUUGCGGCACCAUGUUGCAACAGGGUUCCGAUAUAUCACCUCAGGCAGUAUCCACGCGUUUAGUGGCGGGGAUGUGGUGGUUUUUCGCGCUGAUCAUGACCUCGUCAUACACCGCCAACUUGACAGCGUCUAUUACCAGCGGACGUUUGGACACACCGAUCAAGAACGUCGAUGACUUGUCGAAAGACUCGAACAUCCAGUACGGCUGUUACGAAGAAGGAUCAACGGCUGGUUUUUUUCAGAAAUCGAACUUGAGUUUGUACCAGAGGAUGUGGAGCGUGAUGGAAGCGUCUAACCCGACCGUGUUCACGAAGAGCAAUCAGGAGGGCGUAGACCGGGUACUCAAAGGUAAAGGCCGGUAUGCGUUUCUCAUGGAAUCAUCGAGCAUCGAGUAUCAGACAGAACGCAACUGCAACCUGAUGGAGAUCGGCAAUACGCUCGACUCCAAAGGGUACGGCAUAGCAAUGCCGAUGAAUUCGCCAUACCGUACUCUAAUUAGCGAAUCAGUGUUGAGGUUACAAGAGUCCGGAUUCAUGCGAGAGCUAAAAGACAAAUGGUGGAAAGUUCAAGGAGGCAAUAAAUGCGAGGAAGAAGACGAAAGCGACGAACUCGGUUUUACGAAAAUCGGUGGCGUUUUUGUGGUACUGGUUCUCGGGUGUUUGAUUGCGUUUAUGUUUUCCAUAUUGGAGUUUCUGUGGAACAUCCGGAAAGUGGCCAUCGAAGAAGAGAUAACACCGAAAGAAGCAUUGAUUUUAGAAUGGAAAUUCGCGAUGAAGUGUGACGGAGGAGUCAAGCCACUAAGACGGCGGCAUCAUGUCAAUGCCGAUACGAACUCUGACACGAGCUGAAAAUAUAACUACGAACGACAUUAAAUAUACUCGUUUGUAAACUAAUUCCCCCCUCCCCCGCCAGUGAUAACGAAAUACAAACUUCAGUAUCAGUUGAACGAUAUUCAAUAUAUAGGAAAACGAUUAAUGUUUAAUAAACCUACAUAUAGAUAUAGGGAAAAUCGACGAGCAAAAUCAGAGUACGGCACGGUAAAUAAAUAUUAAAUUCUCGUGAGUAAAAUAUUACAUUUUGGCAGUAUUUUAUGAGUACAAAAUUUUUUGUUUCAAUAAUAAAUGUGAAUUAUUUUACUAUUAA